AUGUUAGAUCCAAAAACUUGGAAGCCACAAGAUAUUGAUGAUAUAAUGAUAAAAUAUGGUGUUACUUGUAUAACUCGUUUAAGUGCUCCAGAAUCUGGUCAAGAUAAUGCAACUGUACUUGAUGUUACAGAAGGCAUGCCUAAUCUUUGGAAAAAACAUAUUGAUAUUAUUCAAGAUUGGGUUGUUAAUAAUAUAUCAUCGACAAAUAUACGAAAAAGAUUAGAAAAAGGUUUAAGUAUUAAAUAUAUUGUACCUGAUGCUACAAUCGCGAUCAUUCGCCAACGUGGUCUCUAUGGUUCAGACCAAUCUGUAUGUUUAGCUGAUUGGUCAUAUGAAAAAAAAUAA